AUGCAUGUGACAGCAUAUGAUACUUUAGAUGAUCUAGUAAAAUCCUUUUCAAUCCACACUCAUGAGGAAACAUUGCCCAAUAUUCAGCUGGUAAUUAUUAACCAUGAAGGAAAUGAGGAGUAUGACGAUAAUAACAAGACUGAAAGUAAAUAUUUACCAUCGAUAAAAUUGAGUAUCAAAGAUAUUACGCCCAAGUUAUGGAGCUCAAUAUUUUCUAAGACAAGGCUGACCUUUAUCCACUUUAAUGAUCUGGAUUUAGUGUAUAGCGUAUUAUGCCAAACACUGCUCCGGUUACAACUAAUGGACAAAGUUAAUGAUAUGAUUGUAAUUGAUGGAUUGAUUUCAUGCCUGUCUGUUUUGUUUUUAAGGUUUGUUGAACUUCAGCAAAUUGAUUAUGAAAAACUGAACUUCAGAAAACUAUAUCUAGUGUUAGAUAAAAUUCAUGAAAUUGAUGAAAUUUCGGGAUACAGGGUGCAAUUGAAUGAGACCAAGGACAUUUGGGAUGUCGUUGAUAAAAUAUACAUUCCAUUCAGCCAUGAAAGUGAUUACCCAAAAAUGAUGGAGUGUCUAAGCAGCAAUUCUGAAUCGGUAAGUGAUAAAGAAGUACAACAGUUUUAUUGUUUACAUGAGAUGCUACUAAAGUUUAAUAUAAAACGCGCCCAAUGA